AGUACCACAACAGCGUACAGAAAUGAAACACAACAUAAUCAAAGCAGUCUCAGAGAGAGAGAGAGAGAGAGAGAGAGAGAGAGAGUCCUUCUUUCACUGCAGUGUCAACCUCUUCUUGGAUAUAUACAGCCACCACUACAGAUCGCCCAUUUUGAAGGUCGAUACCAUUUGAACCUUCAAAGCCAAAGAGUUUUGGUGGCUCAUAUCCUGACGGAGGAGAAAAAUGGCACUACGUAAAGCAAUUGGGGCUGUGAAAGAUCAGACGAGUAUAAGUAUAGCGAAAGUGGCAGCGAAUACAUCAGCAGAACUUGAGGUUUUGGUUGUUAAAGCUACUAGUCAUGAUGAGGAUCCUGCUGGUGAGAAGUAUUAUAGGGAGAUUAUAAGCCGUAUUUCGAGUUCAAGGGGUUAUGUGAAUGCUUGUGUGGCUACUAUAUCGAGAAGGAUAAGUAAAACCCGUGAUUGGAUUGUGGCUUUGAAGGCGUUGAUGCUUGUCCAUAGGGUUUUGAUUGAUGGGAACCCUUUGUUUGAGGAGGCGUUAUUGUUUGCGACGAGGAAUGGGAUGCGUGUCUUGAAUAUGUCGGAUUUUAGAGAUGAGGCGCAUUCUAAUUCGUGGGAUCACACAGGGUUUGUGAGGUUUUACGCGAUGUUUCUCGAUGAGAAGGUCGAGUUUUCUGUUUUUGAGAGGAAAGUGAGGGAGGAUGAGAGGAAAUUUGAUGAGGGCGGUGAUGGGUUUGGACGUGGAGAGAAUAGGGAUGAAUUUGAGUAUGGGAUGCCCAAGAGAUCAAGCUCCUAUGGUGAUUUGGUUAGGCGUGAACAGAAGAUGGAAGUAGCAGCAAUUAGGGAAAUGAAGCCAGAGAGACUCUUAGGCAUAUUGGACCAGCAGUUGAGGAUCCUUGAUAGAGUUUUGGCUUGCAGACCAACAGGAAUAGCCAAGAAUGAUAGAUUGGUGCUUGUAGCCCUUUACCAGGUGGUGAAGGAGAGUUUUGGACUAUACACCGAGGUUUGUGAGGCAUUGGGGGUGUUGUUGGAUAGAUUUACUGAGAUGGAGUAUGCAUAUUGUCUUAAAGGUUUUGAUAUUUAUGCUGGCGCAGCCAAGAUAAUUGAUGAGCUGGUGGUGUUUUAUGUUUGGUGCAAGGAUAUAGGAAUUGGAAGAUCAUCUGAGUAUCCUGAAGUGCAGAAGAUUACUGAAAAUAUUUUGGGGGCCCUCGGGGAGAGCUUGAGAGAAAUGACUAACAGACGAACUAAGAGUUCCGAGAGAAGUAUAGAGGAGAAGGUUCCUGCUAAGCAAGACCAAGAACCUGGUAUGAAUGAGGUCAAGUCUCUUCCUCCUCCAGAGAGUUAUACCCCUCCUCCACCCCCUCCUUCGCAGCAGCCUCAGCCUCAGCCUCAGCCUCAACAGAUGACAGAAGAUUUGGUAAAUCUCAAGGACGGUGGCAUUUCAGCAGAUGAGCAGGGCAACGAAUUGGCUUUGGCUUUGUUCUCUGGACCCCCAACUACAAAUGCAAAUGGUGCGUGGGUAGCAUUCCCAUCACCUAGAGAACCUGAAGUGACUUCAGCAUGGCAAACCCCAGCUGCUCAGAGUAGUCAAGCAGAUUGGGAAUUGGCGUUGGUGGAGUCAGCUAGCAAUCUAUCGAAACAGAGAGCUACUUUAGGGGGUGGAUUUGAUUCAUUGCUCUUGAAUGGAAUGUAUGAUCAGGGGGCAGCAAGGCAACAUGUGAGCACAACACAACUGACUGGCGGGAGUGCUAGUAGUGUGGGCAAGAGUGCAACACCAGUGUUGGCAUUGCCUGCUCCUGAUGGGACAAUGCAGCCAGUUCAGAAUCAGGACCCGUUUGCUGCCUCCCUUACAGUUCCGCCUCCUUCCUAUGUGCAGAUAGCAGAAAUGGAGAGGAAGCAGCAUUUUCUAGUAAAUGAACAGCAGCUCUGGCAACAUUACGGAAGGGAUGGGAUGCACGGUCAAGUGGGUUUGGCCAGGAUUAAUGGUGCCUCUGGUUACUAUGGCCCUAGUCCUCAUCCAAUGGUGAUGCCUUCCGGGAUGCCACAGGUCAGUGGCAUGAGGCAGCAGGGGGGGCACUACUAUCCCUCCUAUUAAGAUCGCUUGUCUCGAUUACCUGCUCGCACUUCAUACGAUGCACAUUGCUGUCAUACUUUUUUCCUGAUCUGCAUCACUUUGUGAAGAUUUUUUGAAUUCUGGCCAUUAUGGUUCCUUUUUUUAUAUAUGUAAUUAGUAAUUCCUUGCAUCGCAGGAAGCAAGGGACAUGCAAGAUUUUGAAUGUGUUAUAUUACAAUACAAGAUGGACAUUAUUUUA